AUGCACCCUUUUUUGCUAUAUGAAGGUUGUAAACAAAUCCCUGGAGCUGAUUGUAGUAACAAUGGAUGGACUAAUGCAAAUAAAGUAAUUGAAUGCCAAGGAAAAUUUUAUAUUGGAGAUUUCACAGGAGGUUAUUAGAUCUGGAAAAUAUUUCCAUGUCCACCAGAAAGGAAAUUAAUAUUCUCGUUUACUAUAGCUAAAUUUGAUUCUUGGGAUUUGGAAGGUGUAUCUGUUUAUCGAGAUGAUUUACUUGUUGGCUCAAUUGCUUAUACUGCUUAUCAAGGAGAAUAUGUUUGCGCAUUAUCUUUUUUUCCUGAUUUAACUGAAAAGAAAACUUUUUCAUUUUAAUCGCCAGUUGGAAAGAAUAGUUUUAAGUUGCUAUUAGAGGAUAACUUGUAAUCAUAUGAUGAUGGUAAUGAAUAGUUUUAUUUUAGAAUCUUGGGGAUUUAGAGAUAUAAAAUUAUAAAUUUUGAAUCCUUGUGUUGAUUUCUAUAGCGAAUGUAACUUUUUAGGGGAUAUGUGGCGAAUAUGUGCUGGAAAUUAGACUCUUUUUGCUAAAUUUGUUCCUUUUAAAAUAAAAUCCAUAAAUAUUUUGAAAGGGAUAAGAGUUUAAAUGAAAGACAAAAGAUUUAAAGGAGGAAUUCUAUAGACGUAUACUUAAAAUCAGACAUGUUUGGACGAUUUUAAUGUAUUUUAUUAUCAUAAACCAUUUUUUAGUUUCCAAAAUAUGAAAAAUACUCAUGA